AUGGAGAGCGUUUUGCCUGCCACCGGUUUCCUGUACUGGGUGGGCGCGGGCACCGUGGCCUACCUGGCCCUGCGUAUCUCGUGCUUGCUCUUCACGGCCGUUCGGGUCUGGGGUUUGGGUAACGAGUCGAGGGUCGGACCGAGGCUCGGUGAAUGGGCAGUUGUCACAGGUAGUACUGAUGGAAUUGGAAAAUCAUAUGCAGAAGAAUUAGCAAAGCGUGGAAUGAAAAUUGUCCUUAUCAGCAGAUCACAGGACAAACUGAACCAAGUUUCCAGUGAGAUAAGAGAAAAAUUCAAAGUGGAAACAAAGACCAUUGCUGUUGACUUUACAUUAGAAGAUAUUUAUGACAAAAUUAAAACAAGCUUGGCAGGUCUUGAGAUUGGUGUUUUAGUGAAUAAUGUGGGAAUGGCAUAUGAGUAUCCGGAAUACUUUUUGGAUGUUCCUGACUUGGACAGUACCAUCAAGAAACUGAUCAAUGUUAAUGUCCUUUCUGUUUGCAAGAUGACACGGCUGAUCCUGCCUGGCAUGGUAGAAAGAUCUAAAGGGGUAAUUCUGAACAUCUCCUCUGCCACUGGCCUGUACCCAGUUCCACUAUUGACCAUCUACUCUGCAACCAAGGCUUUUGUAGAUUUCUUCUCUCAAUGCCUCCAUGAGGAAUAUAAGAGCAAGGGCAUCUUUGUGCAGAGUGUUCUGCCCUACUAUGUUGCAACCAAACUGGCUAAAAUUCGAAAGCCAACUUUGGACAAGCCCUCUUCAGAGACGUUUGUGAAGUCUGCCAUUAAAACCAUCGGCCUGCAAUCCCGGACCAAUGGAUACUUCAUCCAUUCUCUUAUGGCCUCAGUAGUCUCAAUCCUGCCUUCCUGGUUGUACUUUAAAGUGACCAUGAAUGUGAACAAAUCUAUCCGGGCUCACUGUUUGAAGAAAAUGAAGAAGAACUGA